UUCUAAGGUCGGCGAGUUCUCUUUCAUUGAUGUGAACUGAAUUUCAACAAGACUUAGAAAAUAUUCCUUAAUAUCAUCAAGUGGAUUUUGAUUUGUGAAGUUGUUUUGUGCGGGAGUUGUUCGGUAAUAAAACAGCGGACAUUUAAGAACACCUUGCUGUUGAUGUCAGGUUUCCUGACAUUUUUAACGUUUAUUUGUGACGGCUGAGGUAACGUUAGCCGGCGCUGCUAGCUAUCUUUAACAUGGCUGAAGAGGGAGAGUUCACAAACAUAAACGGACAGCCAAUUUCACUGGACUGCCAAAAUCACACUCCCUUCUGCAGAGAGUUUACUGUCAGCUCUCCGAAGGUGUCUUUACGCAAGGUGAUGGUGUACACCUGCUCCGUGUGGUUAGUCGCCUAUGCCGUGUUUUUUGUUACAGAGAACACCACUGUCCUGUCUAGUGCCAUCAUCGUGACGUUGGCUGGGAUGAUGCUGCACAUCCACUUUGUGAAAGUAGAUCAAGAAACCCUUCUUAUAAUCGGCUCUCUGGGUGUCCAGCUGUCCUCUUUAUAUGCAUCAGGACGGGAGAGCACAACAUUCAUUGAAAUGAACAAGAUUAAAGACAUUGUUAUUAAUGAAGCAAUUUACAUGCAUAGUAUCAUAUACUACCUCUGCAUUCUGAUAAAAGACUCAUCAGAGCCGGAUGGAGUCGCCAGUGUCGUCCCUCUUUUCCAGAGUUCAAAGCCGAGACUCAAUUGUCUGGUUCAAGUGUACAAAAGCUGUCAGGAGAUAAUUGCACAGAGCCGGUGACAUAAAGUAUUUUCUCCUCAGUUGUCUAUAGUGAAACUGCUUCACUGCAGUCUGGAAACUUCCUGAGAACAGUGCCAAGCUUGGCUAUCCAUCCUGCAUCACCGUGUCCUUGUGUAAUAUCCCCACCGUGCAAUCUGGAAUACUUUCCCCUGUGAGGUCUUCUAAAUUUGAUAAUUUGGCCCAUUCUGACAUCUGACGAAAAGUGACCAAUAAUAACAACAAUAAUAAUAAUAAGAAGAAGAAUUAUUAUUUAACAAAUUUCAGAUAAAUUGACAAAGUACCUGAUUUAUUAGUAGUGGCUCAUUAGAUAAUUACAAACUGGAUAAUUUUUUUUUUUUUUGUAUGGUUGGUUGUUUUUGUAGGAAAAAAAUCAUGUGUAGUAAGAUUUUACUAGUAUCCACUGAUUUAUUAAAAUCACUGUUAUACAUUUUACAUGCAUUUUUCAAACAAAUCUGUAAAUAAAAUUAGUUUUGUAUUGCUGUCAAUACACUUCCUGUGUUACCAUCUGCUACCCACUAGAGGGACACCAUGUGCCACUUUUCUGUUAACUAACUAGGUUCAUCAGUUGUCAUUACUGGAUGAUGAUAACAAUACUUUUAAAAUCUGUGUUUUACUGUAUAGUACAGACUGUGAAUUGGUACUUAAUACAUCAGUAACUAUUUGAAGGGGUCAUUUAACAUUGUUUUAAAUAGUCAGUGCAAAUGGGUUUUGUGUGACUUCAAAUGGAAGUAACAGGGUUCAGGCAAUCAGUUACAAGUGUCAGUGGGAUUCAUUACUGUAAUUUACACUUACACAAUGUAUAGAAACUGACUAGUCAGUCCAGCCUUCUUUCCAGUCUCCGGCAUAGUCACCAUUGUUGCUGGAUUAUGCUAAUCCACAUCCCCUGCUCCUUGGUGGGUCAGCAGUAAUUAAUUGUGCAAGCUCUUUUGUAAGAAAGUAUUUCCAGUCCAGGGGAGUUUUAGAGUUUGCAUACAUACUGUUUAUCUAAUCAAACUAUACUGGACAUAGCAGAUUUGAUUGAGGCCUGUUUAGUACUGCACUCUACAGAAUCUGUACCGGGUUUGUGUUGGUUAAUGUAGCAUCAUGAACCACUAAAGUGUUUGUUUUUUUUUU